AUUUUUAAUCAAUGGAUCAAAAUCUAAAUUGAUUUUUUUUUUUAAUCUUUCAGAAAAUAUCUUGAAAUCGAGCGCAACCAACACAUGGUCGAAUCUUGGGCCGUGUUAUAUAACCUUGCUUUUAUGGGAUAACAAGCCGACAACAGUACAUGCACCGUCAUCAACAUCAAAUCCAACAACAACAAUGGAGAACGGUGAAAUCCCAGAAAACGCCAAUGAACAUUGCCCAGGUCCUCAAUCUGAUUCAGCUGGGAAAUCCGAUUCUUGUCAAGGAUGUCCUAAUCAACAAGAUUGUGCUACUGCCCCUAAAGGCCCUGACCCUGACUUGGUUGCAAUUGCUGAACGUAUGGCUACUGUGAAGCACAAGAUAUUGGUUUUAUCAGGCAAGGGUGGAGUCGGGAAGAGCACAUUCUCUGCUCAACUGUCAUACGCACUAGCAGCUAUGGACUUCCAGGUUGGGCUCAUGGACAUUGACAUCUGUGGCCCAAGUAUCCCCAAGAUGCUUGGCCUAGAAGGUCAAGAAAUUCACCAAAGCAACCUUGGCUGGUCUCCCGUCUAUGUUGAAUCAAACCUUGGGGUCAUGUCCAUUGGAUUCAUGCUUCCGAACCCAGAUGAAGCUGUCAUAUGGAGGGGCCCCCGCAAAAAUGGGCUUAUCAAGCAAUUUCUGAAGGAUGUUUAUUGGGGGGAGCUUGAUUUUCUUGUGGUUGAUGCCCCACCUGGGACUUCUGAUGAGCACAUUUCAAUUGUCCAAUACCUUCAGGCUACCGGAAUAGAUGGUGCAAUUAUUGUCACGACUCCACAACAAGUCUCUUUAAUUGAUGUGCGAAAAGAAGUGAGUUUCUGCAAGAAAGUUGGAGUUGAGGUUCUUGGGGUUGUUGAGAACAUGAGUGGCUUGUGCCAGCGAUUGACAGAUUUUAGGUUUGCAAAGUUGAUGGAGAAUGGUGAACAAAAUGAUAUUACAGAAAGAGUUUUAGGGUACAUGAGAGAGAAAGCUCCAGAAAUGCUAGACUUGAUUGCCUGCAGUGAAGUAUUUGAUAGCAGCGGUGGUGGUGCAACGCAAAUGUGCCAGGAGAUGGGAGUACCUUUUCUUGGGAAGGUACCAUUGGAUCCACAGCUUUGCAAGGCUGCUGAAGAGGGUAGAUCCUGCUUUGCAGAUCAGAAGUGUGGGGUAAGUGCGCCUGUAUUAAAGAGUAUAAUAGAGAAACUACUGGUGAUGAAUCAGUGGCGUGAAGAACUGCAGCAGAUUGGAGAAUAGAGGCUCAUUAAGUUAGAUACUGUAAUGAUGCGUGUGAGACAGAUUUUCUUUUCUUUCACUUGAUUUUUAUUAAUGCAUUUUGUUUUUCUGAAUUUAUCUGUUUUGCGAGGUCCUUUAUAUUUAUCUCUGAUGUACUGAUCAAUUGAGUUAUAUAAAUUAACAUCCAUGGCUACAUCAGUUUAGCAACA